AUGGACACACAGCUAACCAUCUCUAAAUUAAAGCCGGCGCCUAGAAUGGCAAGGAGUGUUGUCGACCUCGCUUUCCCCGUCCGUCGCCCUCGCUUCCCCCUUUUCGCCCAAGCUUCCCCAUCCGUCGCCACAGCUUCCUCUGCCCAUCGCCCUCGCUUCUCCCACCCAUCGCCGUCGCAUCCCCCUCCCAUCGCCCUCGCUUCCCCCUCCCAACGCCCUCGCUUCCCCUUCCUGUCGCUCUCGCUUCCCCAUCCCAUUGCCCUCGCUUCCCCAUCCCAUCGCCCUCGCUUCCCCCUCCCAACGUCCUCGCUUCCCCCUCCCGUCGCCCUCGCUUCCCCCUCCCGUCGCCCUCGCUUCCCCAUCCCAUCGCCCUCGCUUCCCCCUCCCAUCGCCCUCGCUUCCCCCUCCCGUCGCCCUCGCUUCCCCCUCCCGUCGCCCUCGCUUCCCCCUCCCAUCGCCGUCGCUUCCCCCUCCCGUCGCCCUCUCCCACCCCCCCCGUCGCCCUUACUUCCCCCUCCGGUCGCCCUCACUUCCCCCUCCCAUCGCCCUCGCUUCCCCCCCCCAUCGCCCUCGCUUCCUCCUCCCAUCGCCCUCGCUUUCCCCUCCCAUCGCCCUCGCUUCCCCCUCCCAUCGCCCUCGCUUCCCCCUCCCAUCGCCCUCUCUUCCCCCUCCCAUCGCCCUCGCUUCCCCCUCCCAUCGCCCUCGCUUCCCCCUCCCAUCGCCCUCGCUUCCCCCUCCCAUCGCCCUCGCUUCCCCCUCCCAUCGCCCUCUCUUUCCCCUCCCAUCGCCCUCGCUUCCCCCUCCCAUCGCCCUCACUUCCCCCUCCCAUCGCCCUGCUGA